GUCAGAAACACGCAAUAGUUCGAUUUCACUCCACCUAUAAUUGACAGCUCGUUGAUGGUGAAACACGAUCGUCGCUCUCUCUAUCUCGAGUGCUUUAGCUGGAUCUGGAUAGCUGUAGUGUAAUAACAAUCAUGCCCAGUUCUGACACACAAACUCCCCUCUUACACGAAGCUGUUGAUGGCUGCGUUGACUACAAUGGCCGCCCUGUUUACAGGUCCAUCUCUGGUGGAUGGCGAUCGGCUUUUUUCAUAAUAGGUGUGGAAGUUGCAGAGAGGUCAGCGUAUUAUGGGAUAUCUUCCAACUUAAUAACUUAUUUGACGGGAACGCUUGGCCAGUCAACUGCUACUGCUGCAGAGAAUGUAAAUGUCUGGUCAGGAACGACGAUGUUACUUCCUCUGUUGGGUGCAUUUAUUGCUGAUUCUUUCCUUGGUAGAUACAGGACUAUUGUUGUUGCUUCCUGUAUUUACAUUUUGGGACUGAGCUUGUUGACUCUGUCAGCAGUGCUUCCUUCUUCUAGAGAUUCUGGCUGCCAAACUGCUGAUGCUAUCAGCUUGUGCUCUCCUGAUCCCCGACAAGUAAUUUUUUUCUUCUUUUCUCUCUAUAUCGUAGCAAUUGGUCAAGGAGGUCACAAGCCCUGUGUUCAGGCUUUUGGAGCUGAUCAGUUUGAUGGGCAACAUCCCGAGGAAAGCAAAGCCAAAAGCUCAUUCUUCAAUUGGUGGUAUUUUUCUAUGAAUUCAGGGAUGGUGGUAGCGCUGUUAAUCUUGAACUACAUCCAAGACAACCUUAAUUGGGGACUUGGAUUUGGAAUCCCAUGUAUUUUAAUGGUUGGUGCACUUGUUGUCUUCUUACUUGGAACUAAGACAUAUAGGUAUGGUAUCAAAACGGCAGAGAGAAGUGCAUUUCUGAGAAUUGGCCAGGUAUUUGUUGAAGCUGUAAGGAAUUGGCGAACUAAUUCUUCUGCCAUAGAUUGCAGGGAAGAAGCUCUUGGCAUCGUACCUCACCAAUCUUCUGAGCAAUUCAAGUUUCUCAACAAAGCCCUGCUUACCCCAAAUGGCUCAAAGGAAGACGGGAAAGUUUGUAGCAUUGGUGAAGUUGAAGAAGCUAAGGCAGUACUUAGGCUUGUUCCCAUAUGGACUACAUGCUUGAUAUAUGGUAUUGUUUUUGCACAGUCCUCGACUUUCUUUACUAAGCAAGGAGCAACUAUGGAUAGAUCGAUUUCACCAGGUCUUGAUGUCCCUGCGGCAUCACUUCAAUCCCUCAUUUACCUUUCCAUUGUUUUUCUUAUUCCAUUCUAUGACCGUGUCCUUGUUCCUACGGCAAGAGCUAUAACCAGGAAACCUUCAGGCAUUACAAUGCUUCAGAGAAUUGGAACUGGGAUAUUUUUAUCUGCUCUGUCUAUGGUUCUUUCUGCUGUUGUUGAGAUGAAGAGACUGAAAACUGCUCGUGAAUAUGGACUAGUUGAUCUGCCAAAUACAACAAUUCCAAUGAGCGUUUGCUGGUUAGUUCCACAAUAUAUCGUGUAUGGAGCUGCUGAUGUUUUCGCCAUGGUUGGUCUCCAAGAAUUUUUCUACGAUCAGGUCCCAAGUGAAUUGAGGAGUGUUGGUCUUUCACUCUACCUUAGUAUCUUUGGUGUAGGAAGCUUUCUAAGCAGUUUUCUUAUCUCUGGCAUUGAAAAAGCAACUGGUGGGGAUGGUCAUGGUAGCUGGUUUGCUGAUAACCUGAAUCGGGCUCAUCUUGAUUACUUUUAUUGGCUACUUGCUGGGCUAAGUGUUGUACAGUUAGUUGCUUUCCUGUACUUUUCAAAGUCUUACAUAUAUAACAGGGAAGGCACUAGAUAAAUUUUCA